AUGAAGUUUGAUACAACUAAAUAUUAUCUACUUUUAGAACUACCAGUUGAUUGUUCACAAGAUGAUAUAAAAAGAUCAUACCGUGCCUUAGCGUUAAGAUAUCAUCCAGAUAGAAAUCCAGAUCCAACAGCAGCAGAAGCAUUUAAAGAAAUAGCAGAAGCAUAUGAAGUAUUAUCAGAUCCAGAAAGAAGAAAAUUGUAUGAUCAAUAUGGUGCAGAAGGUUUGAAGUUCUUUGAGAACGGAGCAUUUGGUGAAGACGCAGCAUAUAUUGCAAAGUUGAUGGGAUCAUUGAAAUUGAUAGCAUGUACAGGGUUUUUAAUAUUAUUGAUAGCGAUCCUUUUCCCAAUAUUCAUAGUUGUCAAGACCAAAGGCGCCGUCGAUUGGUCAUGGGCAAAAGUAUUUUCACCAGCAUGGAUCAUCAUGUCAUUGGUUAUAGUGUUUACAGCAUUUUUGGCAAUCCUUUCAAAGAAAUUAACAUUUUUCAUUUGGGCAGCACACAAUCUAUUCAUUAUGACAUUCAUGGGUUUAUUAGUAUCGAAAUUGGACGCAACCACUUACACAGCUUCAUCCAUGUUAUGGUCAGAGGUUUUCAUACCAAUCUAUGCAUUGAUUGUAACAAGUAUCCUACAGAAAUAUGAAAUUUUCUCAAGAGAACACUAUGAAAAACGUUUUUCAUCACCAGAACAUUUAGAUACUUGUACAAAUUUUGGUUUGGGUCAUCCAGGUUUUAUUUUACGUAAAUUGUUGAGAGAUUUAGUUGCAAGUUGGUUCUUUGUUUUCCUAAUGUUAAAAUUGGAUCAUGUAGUUGAAUGGAAUUGGUGGAUAAAUUCAAUUCCUGUCUUUUUUUACAUCAUUUUCUAUUUGGUUUUAAUGGCAUUAGAUAAUAGUUCAAAAAUGAACAAUUUAUCAAUGGAUGAAGAUGAAAGAGCCUCAAAUGAAAGUGUUAAUAGUUUCUUAUAUUGUAUUUUCAUUUUCUUAAUGAUUCCAGUUAUCUUAUUUAUUUCUUUAUUAGCUGCUCAUAUCUCUGCUGAUAGAUUUGCAAUUGCUAAUGUAUUCAUUCCAAUUUUUAUUGUUUUAGGUCUUUUAACUUGUGCAUAUUGUAUUUUUGCAUGUUGUGCUUUAGCUGCAGCAAAGGGACAAGGAAUGGAAGAUUUCCCAGGUGGUUCACCAACUCAAAAUAUCGCUUCAAUCAUUAACAGUAGAAUGUUAAGACCACAAAAAUUCUUGGAAGCUCAACACUUACCAACAACCAGUACCUCUGUUGGUGUAGAAAAUGUUUAA